AAACGCAAUCGCGCUAACGCAUAAUGUCGGACGCUCAAUAAUACAUUUUUGCAUUCCUUCAAUUUGUGUUGCUGAUUCAGCCUAUGAGUUUCAAUUUUUACAUCAAAAGUGCAAAAUUGAGUUUAGUCCGUAAAAAUCCAAUUAAGUUUUAUUUCGCAAAAUGAAGGUCUUAAUUGUGCUACAAAUACUUACUUACGUCAGUAUUAUCCUCGUGUCGAGUGUUCCUCAAGAUCUAAGCAACCAAAUUAGACGAAUUAUUACUGAUGACGGUUACCCGUUUGAGGAAUAUGAUUUGAAAACGCAAGAUGGCUACUUCCUUCAAAUUCACCGUAUACCAGGCGGAAAUGGAGAAAAAAUUAAUCAAAUCCAAGGAAAGAAGCCUAUUGCUUACAUCGCCCAUGCCCUCUUUCAAAGUUCAAUAAAUUGGGUUUGUUCUGGACGAAAUGUAUCCUUAGCCUAUCUCCUCGCUGACAAAGGAUUUGACGUGUGGCUGGGCAAUAAUCGAGGAAACAUUUUUGCCCAAAAGCAUGAAACUUACUUAACAACAAGUCCCAGGUUCUGGAACUUCAGCUGGCACGAAAGUGGUGUUGUCGACAUUCCCGAAACAAUAGACUUCAUUUUAAAUCAGACUGGAAAGAGCGAACUUUUUUUUGUAGGCUAUUCCGAAUCCUUUACCGAAUUAGUUGUCAUGGGAUCUCUGAAACCUGAAUACAAUGGAAAAAUAACUUUAGCUCUGAACAUGUCUCCAGCUGUUUUUAUGGGGCAUGUUAAAGGACCUGCAAGGCUGUUUUUGUUGAUUCUGGGUUGUUUCAUCUCAGGGAUCCUAGACAAAGUAGGUCACUUUGGCAUAACAGUGUCACCUUUAAUGGCAUCUAUUAGUACCUUAAUUUUAAAACAUAGGCUAUCAAGAUUCCUCUUUUUGACCUAUAUUUAUUCAGUUUUUGGAAUCGACUAUAAUGGUACAGAUUUGGAGGUUCUAAGAAAAGAAAUUGUAUACCUUCCUGGAGGAUAUUCUACAAAACAAUUAAGUCAUUAUAGUUUCGGUGUAAUUAAUCCAGGUACUUUUCGUCAAUAUGAUUAUGGAAAAAGUGAAAAUAUGAAAAUAUAUAACUCAACAGUUCCUCCAGACUAUCCCCUGGAAAAAGUAACGGUACCGAUAGUAAUUUUUCAAGGGCUUCAAGAUUUCGUUGCUUCUCCACAAGACGUUGAAAUACUAGUCAAAAAACUUCCAAACGUUGUCUGCAGAACAAAAUUCCCGAAAUUUAACCACCUUAGUUUUACUUUGACCAGAGAAGUAAGAACACUUGUCUACGAGAAAAUUGCAGACCUUUUUAUCAAUUACGGAAAAAAUAAAACGUGUAACUAGUAAACAUAAAAUAAACUGUUUUACG